AUGAAUGUUGUUUUAAUUGUAAGUGUAAUUAACGUUUUGACAUGGAUUUCAAGACAUUUUGUUUUGUUCGAAAUGACGGAAAUUAGGAAUAUUCUAGAACAAGUUUCUAAGUAUUGUGAUAUUAAGAGUUUAGGACAGAAGUUGGCUUAUAAAGAUGUACAACAAAAUUGGUUGUUUGCUGAUUGUGAUUUGCCGAUAAUUACAGUCAAUAAAGAUGGAAUUGUUGUUUUCCAGAGUUCUAUUGCUUCUCCAAUGUUGCAAAUUCCUAAUGGAAUACAUAUAAUGGACAGCAAAUUGCCGAAUGAAAUGAUAAAUGAGGUUUUAAAGAGAAUAGAAAUAUACAAGAAAGAUUAUAAUCCUAGAUCUGAAGAUUUGUUUACUGCAAUGCAAAUGCAUUUCGUUGUUUGCCCGCAUUAUAAGUUUAAUGGUCAGAAGUUGGAUUUGUCUUAUUUGGCAUUGAUUAAUAUACAAAGUCAUAUGAAUGAAAAGAAAGAAAUUAAAAAGAAAAUUGAUCAGUUGGCACUCUGUUCGUAUCCUUCUUUCAUUAAGGCUUACGCGACUUACACAAGUCCUGGAAGAUUUACUAAUGUUGGAAUUAUUAAAAUUCCUGAAUUUGACAAUCCAGAAAUUGAAUUAAAUAAACUCGCAAGUAUGAGAAUGAUGGUAACUGAUAAACUAUGCAAGCUAAUGAAUAUUAAUAUGAAUUACUGCAGACUGAGAGAAGAAGGUUCUUUGAUAAUUACAACAGUGAAUAGAAACUCUGAAGCAACACCGUGGAAUAUGCAUACUUUAGGUGCGGAAUUCAUGAGAAAAUUGAGAGAAAUGAUUGCAAAAGUGGGAGAAAUGUAUAAUUUCGAAUUGAAACCGGUUGUUUUGUUGUACAGAUGCCAUGAUGCACCUUUGUUUGUAUCACAGGAACACUUGGCAGUGACUGCUUUCGACAUGGGAUUCGAAUACUCCGCUUUGGAAAGAAUUGACAAAUGUGUGACAACUUCUGUCAAUUACACAGCAGAGAAAGCAGAAUCUAAGCCUCAAAGUGUUACAAGGGUUAGAUCUUGUGUUACACCUCGUGGUGAAAACUUUGAUAUCCUUGUUAUUGUUUAA